GCAACGCAUGCUGUGGGUGCGCGUCACCCAAAUCUCCCUUCUUCUCAGUGGCACUUGGACUGCAUCCGGAAACGCAUGUCUCUUGCAUCCCUCGCGACCUCGUUGAUUUUUCUUCGCUGGCAUUGCAGCCAUUCGAAUAACAAAGGGUUGUUCUCGGUCAUUGGGUGUCGCGGUGAAUUUCAGGAAUAUUCUAUGAGGAAGGUGAACGGUGAACGGUGUGACAAAUUAGUGUUUAUUUUAGACGAAAUUAAAUAGUUCUGUUGGUGGAUUCUCUUGUGAAAGUUUGUGAUAAAGAGGGUGCAAUGCUGGGGGGUUACGAGACGCAGCCGGAUUAUUAUCCGCAGUGGCAUCAGCCCUACAAUUAUGUCACACAAUUACCAUAUGGUCCAUUGAACGUUCCCGACGCGGACAGCCAAUCAACGUAUUGGGGUGCGGAUUCCGGGAUCUCCGGGGGUAGUUCCGGCGCAGGAAGUCCCACCGCCUCUACGCCACCCUUGAUCGAAGAAAUUGGUGUCCAAGAGACCAGUUACUCCCCUUUGCAACAAUACUCUCACCCUUCCAUCAACCAACACUACUCGAACCUAAUGUAUCCACCUCAACAAGAGCUUCCCCAUCAUCUCCAUCACCACCAUCAUCAUCAGCAACAACAGCCACAAAAUCAUCGAAGAGACAGCAGUUAUUCAACGAUCACCUCGAUGAAUCAGGUGGAUGUUUCUCUUCAACAACACUUGAGACAAGGUACAAGAGAGGGUGGUGUCGUGAUCAGACCCAAAAGAAGGAACACAGCUAACAAGAAGGAACGAAGACGAACGCAGAGUAUAAACAACGCGUUUGCCGAUCUUCGUGAUUGCAUACCGAACGUUCCUGCUGACACGAAAUUGUCGAAGAUUAAGACGUUAAGGCUGGCAGCCUCGUACAUCGGGUAUCUUAUGGCGGUACUCGAGAGCGACGAGGGAGAGGAACCGCAGACAUUCAGAGCGGAAAUUCUGUCGAACGGAAGGAGGAACAAAACGGCUCAAGCAAAUCAGAACGAGUCGUGUUUGCACGCCGCGUCGAGUCUCGGCUCGGAGGAAUCGUCGAAGAGUAAAGGAAGAACCGGAUGGCCGCAACAUAUGUGGGCCCUCGAAUUGAAACAGGAAUCAAACACCAACCAAAUGCAAUAAAAUCAUCGAUUUCUGUCUAUCUAUUCCACCCAUGUUUUUGCAACGAUUCGAUGUCGAUAGAGUAGAUGUAAAAAAAAAAAAGAAGCGAUAAGUGAUCGUUCUGUAAAUACGCGUUUACGAGUGUACGUUACAUGUGUAAAUAGAAGUGUCUUGUUUCUUAGUUGAUAAUUAGUAUUAAUUAGUCCCCUGCAUUAUCUUCGUUUCUAUUCAUCGAUUACGGUGAGUAAAUGUUUCAUUUAAUUUUUUCAAAAUUCUAAUAAUUAGGAGAAAUGCAGGGGGCUAAUUAAAGUAUAAGAUGUAUAUCCAUUAACCUAUGAAAAAUAAGGGAUGAAGGAGUGUAAUUAAUUACGUAACUGGUAGGACUACUUCCUUGAUUAUUUCAAUGCAAUAUUAAAUUCAUUAUCAUUAAAAUUCAUUCCAUUUUAACUCGACAAGAUAAAACUGUUCGUAUUUCAAUUUCUACCUGUUCUAAUUAAUUAUUUUUAAUCAAUUGGGUUUAAGUUGCCUGUAAACUUUUGUAUAAAGUACCGUCAGCGACGUAUGAAAAG